ACGCACUUACUAUGGCUUUGUCUAAAUCUAUCUGGAAAGGACAGACUCCAAUCAAUUGUCAGCUGUGUGAAACUGAGAAAGUUAUUCAAUGGAAAUGUAUCCAAUGCAGUCUAUUGAUGUGCAAUUACUGCUGUGAUAAAAUACAUCCAAAGUUCAGAAAUGCAAAGGAACAUAAAAUCAUCAAUAUAAAGGACCUAGCAGCUCACCAAGAAGAACUGGAUUUUACCAACAUAAAAUGUAAGGCUCAUUCUGGACAAUCUAGCUGUCUUUUUUGCAGAGCUUGCGACAUUCUUGUUUGCCCAACAUGUGUGUCCAAAGUUCAUAAGAAACAUGACUUGAUUGAAAUUUCAGAAGCUUAUAAGAUAAAAAUGGACAAACUGAAGGAAGGUCAAAGUGAAAUACAAAAGGAUAAAAAAAAUGUUGUUAUGAAAAAAGAUAUUUUAGAUAAACUUAUAGUUGAUAAAACUUUAAAGCAUUCAAAAGUGAAGCAAGAUAUUCUUACCCAUGGGAAAGUUUUACACAAAGCAGUUGACCAGCACAUUGACAAGCUUGUAACUGACUUGGAUCAGUCUAAGAAGGAUAUUCUACAAUCCAUUGAACAGGAUCUCGAUACCAUCAACAGCUCCAUAAAUGAAUUAGACUACAAAAAUGGUGAAAUGGAAGAUUUCAUAAAUACUACCGACACUACAAAGUACUUUCAAGAAAUGAAAAGGAUUGAAAAAUCCAUUGAAGCGCAAACUCCAAUUACAAAAGAAGAAUACCAAUCUAUUCCAAUAUUUAAUCCAGGGGUGAUCACUCAGUCCAAUGUUGGAGGUUUACUAAGUGAUCAGAAACCCACUGCUGAAUUGGAUGUAGCCAUAGUAAUAAAUGAAACACAUCAAACAAACCUCUCAGCUGUAGGAUAUAUGUGUACUGAUCCUGAUACAACAUUGUGGAUAGGAAGUGUGAUGGAUAAUGUAAUACAGAAAGUAAACCCAGGAGAAAAUAAACUGAACAUACUAUCCAACUUUAAUAUGAAGGUUCAUGAUAUGGCUGUUACUCAAUCAAAUAAUCUACUUAUAUCUACAGGGCAAUCAAGACUGAAACAAAUCAGUAAUAGUACAGGUACAUUAACAGACUCGGGAUAUAAUAUGUCAUCAUUCCUUGCUACAGCAGUCCAUAUCACCAGUGACAAUAAAGUUAUAGUAGCAGGUGUUAAUAGUGACUACCCUGAACGUAGAAGAGGAGUGGUAAUAUGCAUGAAUCAGAAAGGAGACCAUGAGAGAGUGUAUGAACAUGAUCAACAUAAACAACCUUUAUUCAUCUUUCCAGGGAGAAUAACCAGUACCAGUAAUGGAAAUAUUCAUGUGGUGGAUAAAGUAAGUGAUGUCAGGGGUAGAGUAGUAGUGUUAGGACAGGGUGGUGAUAUCAUCAAUAUCUAUACAGGAGACAAAGAGAUCAACAAGGACAGAUCAUUCUUUCCAACAGGCAUAGUGACAACACCUAGAGACAAUGUUAUAAUACCUGAUCCAUGUACUCAUACGCUUCAUAUCCUGAACAAUGCUGGUCUGCUGAUGACAAGUUAUAAAACAAGUGACAUAAACAUAAUGUUACCACUUUCUCUUGCAUUCUCUCCAAGAGGAAAACUCUACAUAGGAUGUGGCAGACAAGCAGGCAGACCAACCAAGGAGGCCAAGAUAUAUCAAGUGACCAUAUCAGGAUGUUAA